GAUCUGCAUGUGGGACGGGCGCGCUCGCACCCGGAGAGAGCGGCCCUUGGCGCCCCCGAAGCUCUGCCCCGGCCGCGCGGGAGGACGAGAGGGAGGAGCAGCGGGCCCGGCCCGGCUCCCUGCACGCCGCGGCCCGGGAGCAAGGGCUCCCUGGAGGGAGCUCGUGGCGUCCCAGACCCGGAGGAGGGACCCGGAAGCAGAAGCACAGCCGCCAGUCGAGCCGAGCCGCUGCCCCCGCUGCCCGCCGGCGCCGGGUGGGGGUCCCGGCGGCUGGAUGGGCAGCGGCGGCGCGGGCCGCGGGCGGCGAUGGGCGAGGAGCAGAGCACGGUGAGCGGCGGAGGGCCCCAGGAGGCAGGAGACCCCACCGGAGGCUCCACGGGCCACCCUGAGCCCCCGAGGCCGCGGGGGGACAGCGGUGGGGCGCCCGGGCCGUGCACCGCCUCCGUGGAUCCAAGUGGCGGUGGCUGCGGAAGCGACUCCGGCUGCGUGGACACGAGCGCCCAGGAGCCCACGCGAAGCCGGGGGCCCCCAGGCUGGACGGAGAGCCAAGCACCCAGGCAGCCCGCGGGAGUGGCACUCACCGUGCCCCUCAAUCCCCAGACUUUGCAACAGCAGCUGGAAGAGGAGGAGGAAGAAACUGGGGACCGAAAAGAGGGAGAGGAUGAACAGCAGAAGGUGCCCCCCGGAGAGGAGCCGAAGCCCAGGACCCGCGUUAGGUCCCCGGACUCGGUGGUCUUGGACGUGCUGGGUCAACGGCGCCCGCCCGCCGCCAAGAGGCAAGUCUUCUGCUCCGUGUUCUGCGUGGAGAACGACCUGCCCCAGGACCCCACCACCGAGAAGCUCUCGCCGCCUGCCUCGCCACCUCGGACUCCGCCGGUGUUGGACCCUCCCAGUGCCCCCGCCUCCUUUCUUAGCCCUCGGCUGUCCCUCCCGACGGACCCCCUGUCCCCCGAUGGCGGCAGCAUCGAGCUGGAGUUCUACCUGGCUCCCGAGCCGUUCUCAGUGCCCAGCCUGUUGGGAGCUCCACCCUACUCUGGCCUGAGUGGGGUAGGGGAUCCCUAUGCGCCCCUCAUGGUGCUGAUGUGCCGGGUGUGCCUGGAAGACAAGCCUAUCAAGCCCUUGCCCUGCUGCAAGAAGGCCGUGUGCGAGGAGUGCCUCAAAGUCUACCUGAGCUCCCAGGUACAGCUUGGCCAAGUAGAAAUCAAAUGCCCUAUCACAGAAUGCUUUGAAUUCCUGGAGGAAACGACGGUUAUCUAUAACUUAACGCAUGAAGACUCCAUCAAAUAUAAAUACUUCUUGGAACUUGGCCGUAUUGAUUCCAGCACCAAGCCAUGUCCUCAAUGCAAGCACUUUACAACCUUCAAGAAAAAAGGACAUAUUCCCACCCCUUCCAGAUCAGAAAGCAAAUACAAAAUCCAGUGCCCCACUUGCCAAUUCGUCUGGUGUUUUAAGUGCCACUCUCCUUGGCAUGAAGGUGUUAACUGCAAGGAGUACAAAAAAGGAGACAAACUGUUGCGUCACUGGGCCAGCGAAAUUGAGCACGGACAGAGGAAUGCCCAGAAGUGUCCAAAGUGCAAGAUCCACAUCCAGAGAACUGAAGGAUGUGAUCAUAUGACCUGUUCACAGUGUAACACUAAUUUUUGUUAUCGAUGUGGAGAGAGAUACCGCCAGCUCCGUUUCUUUGGAGACCACACAUCAAACCUCAGUAUAUUUGGAUGCAAAUAUCGCUACCUCCCAGAGAGACCUCACCUAAGGAGAUUAGUGAGAGGGUCUGUCUGUGCUGGAAAAUUAUUUGUUGCACCUCUAAUCCUGGUCCUGGGAUUAGCACUAGGGGCCAUAGCGGUUGUAAUCGGUUUAUUUGUAUUUCCUAUCUAUUGCCUUUGUAAAAAACAGAGAAAACGAUCACGGACAGGUAUGCACUGGUGAAGUGCAGAUGAUUUCAUCUAACUAAGCUGGUCUGGGUAGGAGCUAUACCGAAGUGCACACGCACCUGAGAGUCGCGUCCUGAAUCACACGGAGAGGAGCCUCCUGCCGUCUCAAGUCCCCGUGAUUCUCCGCAGGCCACAGUGCCGCGAGCUCCGAUACACUCCCAACAUGGUAUCCUGUCCUCUCCUUAUACUGAUUGCUGCUUUUAAACAAUGAUUACUUCCAUACACUAUAAACAUCUAUAUCAUUCUGACCUUCUUAAUGGGUCUUGGAAGAAAUUAUUUUAAAUAAGAACCAGUUAUCCUCAGAAUUGUCUGAGCAUGCCUCUCCUGAGAAUUGCUUGGACUGUCUUCAUACCUGAACCUUCCUCCAGCCCAUCCUAUUAGACUUGGUGUAAACAGCUGAAUUCCCACUUGUACCAACAAGCAAGUCCACUCUUCAGAAGAUAAAGGCUCACCAUGUGCCCUUGUUUUCAUCUGUGGCCCAAGCAGUGUAAUUCCUUCAUCCUUCAGAUGGCAUAAUUGUCAAAAAUCUCAGUGCUCUAAAGAGAAUGAAACUAAAUUAAUGAAAAGAAUCAUGAGUUACUGAAGUAUACAUGUGUAGAGGUAUGAAUGUGUGUGUAUAAGUAUCUGUAUUAAAACUCAGCCCAGUAACUUUGUACUUGUCAAGUUCCAAUGCUCUAUACUAUUUUUCCACAUUUUCGUAGAUAUAUUUAAAGAUGAUGGUUCCAUUGUGGGCAUAAUUUGGGAAUAUGCUGAAUUAAAGUCAAUAUAGACAACAGGCUAUUUUGAUGUUGACCCUUUCUAUUUCUUGGUUUCUCUUUGUCACACACAUACACACACACACAGAAAUGUGUGCCUUAUCAUCCCCAAGGAUUAUCAAACUUUAAAAACUGACAAAACUCAUUGAUUUUUUUUUUUUUUUUGGAAAUUUUUAAGACCUCAACAUUCAGCCUUUUCAGACUUCUAUUUUGGCAUACAUGCUUCACUAUAUGAAUAAAUCCUUUAGGCAAAAUUAGUUAACUUAAAUAGCAAGUUUGCUGUAGAGAGAACCACUUAAGCCUUUAAAUAAUCUUUAUUCUGCUAAAUUUUUAAACAACUUGUAAAUACAGAUAGUUUUGCUUUGGGUAAAGAUAUAGUAUUAUUUACUACCCCGCCCUCUUUCUUACCUCUUUAUUUCUCUCUUUUUAAUUUGUCCCCAAGUUUUUCAUGAAAACAAAUACUAGUUUUGAAGGAUUUUUAUGUUUACUGCUCUUAUGCAUAAUGUAUUGGUCCCUUCUUCUGGUGGGGUAAUUUGAAAACAAUACUUUUGUGUUUAGGGGUCUAUUUAAAAUAUAAACUGCUUUUGGAGAAGGAAAUCAUAAAAAUGAAGGAAAUAUUUUCUGGAAGUUCUUCCAAGCUGAGAUGUCUUUAAAAAUAAGAAAGGGACAAGUAACUAAAUUAUGUUAUUCCUUUGUUUUCAUCACAAAAGUUCGUCAUCAGAAAGGAAGUAAACACACCUAAGAUGCCUAAAGUUUUCACUUGUUUCCAAUCCUUAAAUUACCUAUCUGCAUAGAUGUAGCAUUAAUUUAACAGCAACCUGUGUGAACUGAAAUAGGUUAUGUGACAAAACAUGCAUUAACAUGGAUAGGUUGUCUUGUUAGUCUCCAUGGUUUAAGAACAUCUGAUUUUUAUUUGACCUAAGAAGCCCAUGAUAAUGACAUUUACUUGUAUGGAUAACAAGCCAGCACAUUUCCAUUCUUUCUGAAUGACACUCAAAAUUGCUAUACUAUAGUUUCUGGACUAGACUAUUUCCAGUUAGAGGAUGUAUCAUUUUUGGUUCUCUAAUGACUUAUUACUGAAG